AUGAAUUCAAAUUUUGAAAGAGAAAACGAUAGAAACAAUCCGGAUUCGCAGGAUGAGGAACCAGAAAUCGCUAGAGGAAGCUGUAAUAGAAGAUUUUUUGAGAACAUAUCAGAAAGAGUACAACCGGAUAUAACCGAAGAUGCCUGGCAACGGAGAGACAAUGACGAUUCAUACGAUAGUGAUUCUACCAAUAUAAGCGAAGAAAACAGUCAAUAUGACACUAGCCCAUUCGGCAGCGACUCGGAAGUUGAAGGCGAUGACCAGCCUGCUUAUGAUCAUUUCUUUGACUUUGACGAACACGGCUUACCUGAGCAAGGAGUUGUCGAUACAGAUUAUGACAGGAUUUAUACCUUUAGAAGACAAUCAUCAAUGAGUCUUCGGGAACGAGAAAGACAAGAAAGAAUUUCUAAUUCUGCUCCACCGCUUACCGAGUUCUUUGAAGAGCUAACAUGUUCCAGCCCAAAAUCUAAAAAAACUCCAGGUUUCAAAGAAGAAGGAAAAAUUAAAAGCACAAGCGAGAAAAAAUGUGUCCAAAACAAGAUUCUUGAAAGCGCUGACAUCAAAACGAGUGAACAUGACGACUUGCGAAAUGACUCAAAAAUCGACAGACGACGAAUUGCUGAUGUUGAUAUUCACAAAUCUGACGAGCCAGCGAACAAGCGAAUGCGCCCAAAUGUCCAAACCAAUGUUCCAUCUAAUUUAUCCGCAACCGGGCCAUCUUCUUCUAUUUACAAGAACGAUGGAAUGGAUUUUGGAUGA